CUCGCCGAAAGUGGAUAUGCAAGAAGUCGCGGAAGUGAUUGCCUGGAUAAAAAGCUUUCCUACGGCAGCGGGGACUGCUGAUUCACGAGUACUCUUGUCCAAGGAUGGUACCGAGCUCUACAUUAGUAUCUUUACUUACGAUGAUGGAUGGUUGAGGUAUCUGCAGGGGGGGGGCGCGGGCUGUCUCUCCAGAGCUGGGUUCGCGAACAUGCGCCGUUUUGGCCCCUGGGACAUAUGCCGGCCAAACGACAUGAGGAACUAUGCCCUGAUUGUUAUUGCACUUUUAUUGAUUUAACAUAAUCAUUUCUAGAGACCCUCCAAUGCAACAAAGGGAAAGUU